UAAGAGAAAAAAACUGCAUCAACAAUACGGUUUGGACGUUUGAACUUUUCAACACCAGUUCUGACCCUUUAUGCUUACCGUAGUCUUAGCACAAUCAUGGCGACUGUCAUCUGACUGAAAAGUUUUGAUGUGAAACUUUUUGAACUGAUGUCUUUCACAGUCCCGCUGGCUGGCGUCAGAAUAACCCAACUGCGAUCGUUUAUAAUCGUGCCAAACGUCAGAUGGAAGAAUACAAACAAGUGACAUCCAAGAUGUGAGUGUUUUGACCGCUGACACUAACCGUCCUGAAGAUGUGCCGCUGAGGAGCUAACGCCAGCUAAGCUAGCUACUUUCAACAAGUUAGCCCGCUGGCUAAACCGAGUUUGAAUGUCGCGGGAUUUCAGAUGUCACAGCGGACAGUAGACCGGGUAAUAUCUGACUUAAAUGCCAUUUUUUAGUUUCAGGUCGUUGGUAUUUAAUUUAAAAGGAAAAUGUGUCGUUUUCUACGUUACUGUGUCAGUCACUGCCUUCACGCAGCGAUGACCCGGCUGGAGGAAGUCAACGGAGAGAUGAGCAUGUGGUCAUCAGUCCGGUGGCUAGGCUACUUGUCCGGGCUUAACCUGCUCGUGGCCCUGUGCAUAGGUCUCUAUGUCCGGUGGGAAACAAGCGCGGAGUCCGCUCUUCUUGUCAUUUUUGUUUUGGCCCUGGUUGUCCUUGGAAUAGCCAUUGGCCUCUACUACUUCAGUAUGGAGAGGAUGAGCCUCAGCAUCCUCCACCUGUGGUUCGGUUUUUUGCUGGGUCUUCUGUGUUUCCUCAACUCCCCCGCCCUGGACGUCGACGUCAGGGAGCAGGUUACCAACUACCUGCUGCUGGCCAGCGUGGCUCUGAGGACACUGUGGGCACUGCUGGAGAGACUGGUUGGAUGUGCUAGGUAUCGCCCUGCCUUCUUGACCUCCGCGGAGCGCCUGGAGCUAGCUGGCUUUGCGAUCGCCAGCACCGCGCUGCUCAUUCAGAAGUCCCUGAGCGUGGUGGUGCUCGUGGUCGCUCUGGGCACGGUCAUGGUUGCGCUGCGGAUGAAGGCGCUCCUGGCGCUCGCCAACCUGGCCUGCUUCGCUGUCAUCACUGCCGUGCUGUUCUUUAAGUCUCUGAACAUUACCACCAACCCGUUCGCCCUCUCCUGCUUCUUCAGCCAGCUCAUCUGCGACCCUCUGCUCGAUGUCUACUUCAGCGGCCUCUCUGUGACCGAGCGCUGGCAACCGUUUCUGGUGUGGAGGGGGCUGUGGCGCCGGGUCUCCCUCCUGCCCCUGCUGGCGGUGGAGGUGAGCUUCAUCGUCCUUUCUGCUGGGAGACUUUUAGACCAGGAACAGUGGUACCGCACGAUCCCAGCCUUCGUGGUGUGUGCGCUCUUCUGGGGUAUUUGCCACAUGGUGUUUGUCAUCACUGUGUGGGGUUUUCACUCUAAGCUCAGCGAAUGCCAGAGGCUGUGCUGGUCGGAGGUCAGCGACCUGGACAAGAUGAUGGCCUCCAAAGGCAUGCGACAUUUCUGCCUCAUCUCUGAACGCCUGGUGUUCUUUACUCUGGUGUCCACGAUAGCUGUGGGUGCUCUGUGCUGGCAGCAGGCCAAAAACAGUUUGUUUGUGAGCACUUUCCUGCUCAUUCUGCCCCUGGAGUCUCUGUUCCAUGGACUCUUCCAUGAGCUCGGGAACACCCUGGGAGGAACAUGCGUGGGCUAUGCAGUGGUCAUUCCCACCAACUACUGCAGUCCUGACGGUCAGCCGAUGCUGCUGCCUCCAGGCCAGGUGCACGAGUUGAACAGGCGCUCUACGGGUAUGUUGAACAACGUGCAGCGCUUCUUUGCCCACCACCUGAUUGAGACGUUUGGCUGUGACUAUUCCACCAGCGGGGUAACCCUGGAGGCUCUGCAGUCCAAGAUGAAAUCCUUUCUGGACCUCCGUACCCCAGACGGCCCACGCCACGACACCUACGUAAUCUUCUACAGUGGCCAUACGCAUCGCACUGGCGAGUGGGCGCUGGCAGGUGGAGACACUCUACAUCUGGAUCACAUCUUGGAGUGGUGGAGGGAAAAGAACACCAACUUCUGUUCCCGCCUUGUUGUGGUGCUCGACUGUGACAACUCUCUGCCAUGGGUGAAGGCGGUUACGAAGGUGGAAAAUCUGUAUGUUGCCAUCCAGGGAGCGACGCUCUCCAGAGCGGCGGACGUCGAGCUGCAUGACCUGCCGCAGCUCGGAGACUUCACCUCCGAGUGGGUGGAGUACAACUGCAACUCAAACAGCAACAUCCAGUGGUCAGAGAGGGGCAGGGCGGUUUCUGCUGCUUACGGCAUCUCCAAACACUGGGGCGACUACACGCUGCACCUACCAACAGGAAGCGACGUCACCAAUCACUGGAGCAUGUACUUCCCCCGGGUUACCUAUCCUGUGGUCCAGCUGGCGCUGUGGUGCGGCAGCCUGAACCUGCUGUGGACCUGCAGCGCCUGCCUGCGAUGUCUCAAGAGACUCAAGCUCAACUGGUUUCCACCAGCAAUACUGGACACGGGGCAGGGCUUCAAACUGGUCAGAUCAUAGAAAUAUGUGUGAACCUGUUUUUAUUUGAAGAAUAUAUUUCUAAAAAAUAUUUCCUAAAGU